AUGGACGAAUUAGAAAAUCUUGAAAUUAUAAAUCUAAAUCAGAAAAUUACAAAAGAGCUGUUUAAUUAUACUGGUAUUAAAGAUAAGGUCCUAGCAGAAUUCAUACUCAGCAUACACGAGCAAUCGAAAGACUUGGCCUCUUUCAAGAGCAAACUGAAUGAAAUGGGGGCUUCGUUUCCUGAAUCUGCGAUAAAUACCAUCGAUAGGCUUAUCAUUACCAUGCAUCCAAAGUAUAAAUCAAAAUCAAAACCACAAUCAAAUCCAGACCAGCAAAGAGUAUUCCCAGGUUUAUCACAGCCAAACCAAGACUGGACGGAUAGCAAUUCCUUUGAUAAGAUUAGUAAACCUAGAAUACAGCCUGAUCCUUCUCCCUCUACAACCACUAUGACUCCUACCCACUCUUCUCCUCAAGUUUACUCUAUAUACCAAGGUACCGUCAACUCAAUCAAAGAUUUCGGUGCUUUCAUCAGCUUAAACGGUUUCAACAGUAGAAUUGAUGGCUUAGUACACGUUUCCGCAAUGUCAAACAGUAGAGUUAAUAACCCACGCGAUUUUCUCAGACGAAAUCAGCUCGUUUACGUCAAGGUCAUGUCCAUUGAUGGUCACCGAUUGUCUUUAUCGUUAAAAGACGCUGAUCAAUCAAAUGGUCAUGACCUCAGUCCUCAUCUUGCUCCAAGUAAAGGAUCCUCAUCUAGAUCUUCAAAACCUUCUAAAUCUUCAAAACACUCCACCCACUCCACUCAUUCUGCUCACUUCCCAGAUGAUCAUUAUAGAGGUUCCGUAAAACGCUACACUUCCCCAGAACGCUGGGAAAUUAAGCAACUGAUCGCUUCUGGCGCCGCAAAACCCUCAGAUUACCCAGAUCUUGACCGCGAUUUUGAUGCCCCUAUGAACAUUCGUAGCAAUCAAAAUAAAUUAGACGAAGAUGUUGACAUCGAAGUCCGCGACGUUGAACCUUCCUUCUUAAAGGGUCAGACAAAGAUUAGUUUGGAUCUUUCUCCCGUGCGUAUCGUCAAGGCUCCAGAUGGAUCCAUGAACAGAGCCGCCGUCUCAGGCGCUGGUUUGGCCAAAGAGCGUAGAGAAAUUCGUCAACAAGAUGCUCAAGAAGAGAAAGACUCGGAGCAAAACGACAUCAAAUCCGCAUGGCAAGAUCCGCUUGCACAGCCAAGCGAUAGGCAAUUUGCUCAAGACCAAAACGUUAAGGCGUCUGCCGCACCUGCCUGGAAGGCCAAAACGUUCAACAAAGCAACUACAUACGGAAAAAUUACCGACAAGACUAUCCAAGAACAGAGAGCUUCGCUGCCAAUAUAUAAGCUGAGGGAGCAGCUGGUACAGGCUGUAAGAGACAAUCAAGUACUCGUCGUCGUUGGUGAUACUGGAUCAGGUAAGACCACCCAAAUGACUCAGUAUCUUGCAGAAGAAGGCUUCGCUGAGUACGGUAAGAUUGGCUGUACCCAACCAAGACGUGUAGCUGCAAUGAGCGUUAGUAAGAGAGUAGCGGAGGAAGUUGGUUGUCGUCUUGGUCAAGAAGUCGGCUACACUAUCAGAUUCGAAGAUUGCACUGGUCCUGAGACGCGAAUCAAGUACAUGACUGAUGGUAUGCUCCAGAGGGAGUGUCUUGUCGAUCCUGAUAUGAGAAAUUAUUCUGUCAUUAUUCUCGACGAAGCUCACGAACGCACUAUCGCCACCGAUGUCCUGUUCGGUUUGCUCAAGAAAACAAUGAAACGCCGUCCUGAUCUCAAAUUUAUCGUCACAUCUGCAACACUCGAUGCCGAAAAGUUCUCUACAUACUUCAAUGGGUGCCCUAUCUUCACUAUUCCAGGUCGUACAUUCCCCUACGAGAUCAUGUACACUAAGGAACCUGAAUCUGACUACAUGGAAGCCUCGUUAAUUACGGUGAUGCAGAUCCAUCUGUCUGAACCACCUGGAGACAUACUUUUAUUCCUUACUGGUCAAGAAGAAAUCGAUACAGCUGCUGAAAUCUUAUACGAACGUAUGAAAGCGCUAGGUAAUCAAGUCCCCGAGCUUAUUAUUCUCCCGGUGUAUUCAUCGUUGCCUUCCGAGAUGCAAAGCAGAAUUUUCGAACCGGCUCCUCCAGGCGCACGUAAGGUUGUCAUUGCUACCAACAUUGCAGAGACAUCUAUCACAAUAGACGGUAUCUACUACGUCGUUGAUCCUGGUUUCGUCAAGCAGAAUGCUUACGAUCCUCGUCUCGGUAUGGACAGUCUGGUCGUUACACCCAUCUCACAGGCCCAGGCUAGGCAGAGAGCGGGUAGAGCAGGUCGUACUGGACCAGGAAAAUGUUACAGACUAUACACAGAGGCGGCAUUUAGGAAUGAGAUGCUUCCUAACACUGUGCCCGAUAUUCAACGUCAGAACUUAUCCCAUACUAUUCUCCAACUCAAGGCAAUGGGUAUUAACGAUCUCCUUGGGUUCGAUUUCAUGGAUCCACCACCAGCACAGACUAUGAUAACAGCUCUAGAAAAUCUCUAUGCGCUAUCGGCUCUAGAUGACGAAGGAUUGCUUACUCGCCUCGGUCGCAAAAUGGCUGAUUUCCCAAUGGAUCCUAGUCGAGCUAAGAUGUUGAUCGCGAGUGUAGACUUGGAAUGCAGCAAAGAAAUACUAACUAUCGUUGCGAUGCUCGAAGCUCAAAAUGUGUUUUACCGUCCGAAAGAAAAGCAACAACAAGCCGACGCGAAGAAAGCGAAAUUCCAUCAACCCGAAGGCGACCACCUCACACUGCUUGCCGUGUACAACGGAUGGGAAGCGAGUCGGUUUAGUAAUCCAUGGUGUUUCGAGAACUUUAUACAGGCGCGAACGAUAAAGCGUGCCGCAGACGUUCGCAAGCAGCUUGUAGCGAUCAUGGACAGAUACCAUCACGAGGUGAUUAGCUGUGGAAAGAAUUACAACAGGGUGCGCAGAGCGAUCACAGCCGGUUUCUUUAGACACGCUGCCAAGAAGGAUCCUACGGAGGGAUAUAAGACUCUUGUGGAAGGGACACCAGUCGCUAUACACCCAUCUAGCUCGCUGUUUAACAGAAGCCCGGAGUGGGUUAUAUAUCACGAGCUCGUUCUUACUAGCAGGGAGUAUAUGCGGGAGAUAAUCACGAUAGAGCCCAAGUGGCUCACUGAGGUCGCGCCUACGUUCUUCAAGACUGCAGAUUCUAAUAAGAUUAGUAAACGAAAAAGGGAGGAGAAGGUAGAACCGCUUUACAACAAAUUUGAGGGCAAGGAUGAUUGGAGAAUUAGUAAAACACUCAGGACCCAGCGCGGGACGCAGACAUUUGGAUGA